CUGUGGCGGUGUCCAGCCCAGGGCCCUACUUGGCAGAGGCCUUUGAUUCUGUUGCGUUUUCAGCUUGAUUUGCUCAAAGCCAGAUAAGAAACUUCCUCAGGACCUUGAUCGAGGUCUGGAGCAUCCUGGGUCAAUCUGCUGUAAAACAAAAUGCCUGUAAAGAAAGGGGUAUUUAAAACCCUGGUACUGCCCCUGCUUCACUGCAGCUGCCAUCUCUUUCCUUGGGGAAUGGGAAGGCCUGCCUCUGCUUUGCCAAUUGAUUACAACUUGAAUGAAUUCACUGACUUGAGCUCAAUUAGUCUGGACUCUUGAAGACUUUUUAAAAGGGUUAAAUCGACUUGGUGACAAGAACUUGACCAGGUGCAUGUCUAGCCAAAGCAGCUCUGCAGCUGGAAACCAGCUUGGAGUUACGCAAGGGCAGUUUGCCGCUUAAGUAUUUGCUAGAAAGAGACUAUAAUAAAGCCAUUCUGAGAAAAUUGCAAGCUGUUUACAGAUGCGUCUCAAAGAAAAAAGGAGGUGACAUACACAGAAUUAAUUUUAUAUGAUCUCAUUCAUUCAGUCUUCAUUGCAGUGCCCUGGAUGCGGCUGUGCAGAGCUAAGGAAAUGCAUUAGGCAAGUUACUGUUACAGUCUGUAAAUUGGAGCAGGUUUCUUGCAACGUAGGUGCCUUGGCUUGGAAAAGAUGUCCCAGCUUAAAUUCUGUUCUCGGAGAUCCCCAGUGGUUUGUACUGGUGGUUGUGUUGCAUCAAAUCAGACGCUUGCAACAAAUAUCGGUCUUGCUCUCCAUGGGACAGAUUCUUCAACCUGCCAUUGAACUGGCUGAGAGAGGCUUUCCUGUGGCAGAGAUAACUGCCUACCAUUGGAAGCGUGACGUCCAUGUUCUGCAAGCACCCGGAAAUGAGCAUGGAAAGGACCUACUCAUUCAUGGCCAAGCACCUCUUCAUGGACAGGUUUUCUGCAAUCCUUUUUUGGCUAACACCUUCAAGGAGAUAGCAAGAUGUGGGAAGAAAGGAUUCUAUGAAGGUACAAUUGCAGCAGCUGUUGUAGAAACUGUUCAGAGACAUGGAGGAGUAAUGGAUUUAGAGGAUCUUAAAAGCCAUGUAACUGAUGAAGUCAAACCGAUUUUCACAAAUUAUAAGGGUGUGAAUGUUUGGGAAAUGCCUCCAAAUGGACAAGGGAUCACAGUUCUGAUGGCCCUGAACAUUUUAGAAAAUUUUAACAUUAAAGAAAUGGGCCAUAACACUGCUGACUAUUUACAUGUACUGACUGAAGCUUUGAAACUCAGCUUCUCUGAUGCUUUCUGGUUCUGUGCUGAUCCUCAAAAAGUUCCAGUGCCAACAAAAGAAUGUCUCUCCAAAAUGUAUGCUAAAGGACGCUCUGAGCUCAUUGAUUUACAAAGAGCCAAUAAAGAUUAUAAACCUGGAAAUUCCUUACCAGCAGGGAGUGACACAGUUUACUUCACAGUAGUAGAUGCUCAAGGCAGUGCCUGUUCCUUCAUCAACAGCAACUAUAAGGGCUUUGGCACAGGACUAGUACCAGAUGGCUGUGGAUUUGCUCUACAAAAUAGAGGAGCUGGUUUUUCCCUGUUUCCUGGCCACCCAAACUGUCUAGCACCAGGAAAACGGCCAUACCACACUAUCAUUCCUGCUCUAGCUACAGCUGCUGACACUGAGGAUCUCUUGUGCUCCUUUGGAGUAAUGGGUGGCUUAAUGCAGCCUCAGGGACAUGUUCAGGUGCUGCUCAAUAUGCUGGAGUUUGGCAUGGACCCUCAACAAGCCUUAGAUGCAUCCCGGUUUUCUGUGGAUUAUUCCAGAGAAGAAAGCAAAUGGCAUCUGUCACUUGAAGAUGGUAUCCCCCAAGCAGUUGCAGAAGACUUGAGAGCCAGAGGUCACUGCAGCCACUGGCCCGUAAGUGGGCAUGACAGGAGCCUGUUUGGCCGUGGUCAGAUUAUCACUAAAGGAGAUUGGUGGAAGUCUUCGGGCUCUUUGUCUUCCAAGAGCUUCCAAAACAUCCUUUGGGCAGGAUCGGAUCCCCGAGGAGAUGGCUGUGCAAUGGGAUAUUAGCAUACCCUAAGCAAAUGUGCUGUAUAGGGACAUCAGGUAAAAAUCAAAACCGUGCCUUUGGAUGUCAUCCAAACUGUCAGAGCUGCUGCACAUACAUAUGAUUCUGUGAUGGAUUAAUUUCCAUGUUCUGUUGUACUGAGUACAGUGGGUAUUACAAUCACAUGGCAGAUCAGUAAAAAAUGCCUUUUUUAAUUAAUGGAUGUAAUGUCAUUUGCUCCCUUCCCUACUGUCCCUCACAUCACAAGGAUUAUUGUAUGCUUAAAUUAUAAGGAUCUUGUGAGAGUAAUAAUGAUUCCAUAAUGUAUGUUGAUCAGAUUCUGAAUGUUUGUCCAUUGGUAUAGCCAGAGCGUUUUCUACUUUUUUGAGUCAAAAGCAAAUAGCUAAUCUGGUAACAAUGGAAAUUAAAUAAAAAUUUUACGGUCAGUGGUUA